UGCGGCUCGUUCCCCCGUCACGUGCCGCGCCCUGCUCGCCCCUUCCCCUGGCUUCCUAUUUCAGCCGCGAUCGGGUCCGCUCCGCACCCGAACCGCGCCAUCCGUGCCGCGGCCGGCGACCCAGAACCCAAGAACCCCCCGCGGCAUGGACAUCAAGGAGCGGAUCCGCCGCUCGCCGCCGCCGCCGCCGACGCCGCAGGCGGCGGCGCCCGCGCCGGGGCACCCGCGCGGGAGGAAGGGCCGGGUCGCGGUGCUGCCGCUGUCGGUGGCGGCGCUCGUGGCGUGCGUGGUCCUGCUGCUGCUGCUCUCGGGCGGCUCCGCGGCGAGGAGGGGCGGCCAGUUCCUCGACGCGGAUCCUGCCACCGCCAGGCGGCCCUCCGGCGACGGCCGUGGCGGCCUGCACCAGCCCCGCCCGCGCGAUGGGGGGCAUGGAACUAUGGAGUCUUCCAAACUUCAAAGUGAUAAACUCAUUGGUGGCUUGUUAGCUCCUGGUUUUGAUGAACAGUCAUGUCUAAGUAGAUACCAAUCAGCAUUAUACCGUAAAGAAUCGCCACAUUUACUAUCAACAUACCUUCUGGAAAGACUAAGAGAACAUGAGGUUCUUCAGAAGAAAUGUGGCCCACAUACAGAGUCUUACAAGAAAGCUAUUGAGCAGCUAAAAUCUGGUCAGGAUAUUGAGGUUGGAGAUUGCACGUAUUUGGUAUGGAUAUCUUAUAGUGGCCUUGGGAACAGGAUCUUAACUAUUACCUCAGCAUUUGUCUAUGCCAUCCUUACCAGCAGAGUUUUACUUGUGGAUGGGGAUAAAGGCACUGCAGAUCUUUUCUGUGAACCAUUCCCUGAAACUUCGUGGUUAUUACCGUCGGAUUUCCCUGUUAAUCUAUUUAAGAACCUCAAUAUUGGCUCCCCUGAGAGUUACGGGAAAAUGCUGAAAACUGCAAAUAUUCAUUCUGAUGGUUCUUUUAAGGGUCCCACACCUGCCUUUAUUUAUCUUCACUUGGCUCAUGAUUAUGAUGAUUAUGAUAAGCAUUUUUUCUGUGAACAUAGUCAGCAACAUCUUCAGAGGAUCCCAUGGCUGAUCUUAAGAUCUGAUAAUUACUUUGUACCUUCACUUUUUCUGAUCCCAGCAUACCAAGAGGAACUCAUGAGGCUGUUUCCUCAGAAAGACGCUGUUUUCCAUCACUUGGGACGUUACUUGUUCCACCCUACCAACGCUGUCUGGGGCUUGAUUACAAGGUACUAUGAUUCUUAUCUUGCCAGAGCUGACGAGAAGUUGGGUAUCCAGAUCAGAGUCUUUGAUACUGAAACUGGUCCAUUUCAGCAUGUCUUGGAUCAGGUCCUUUCUUGUACACUGAAGGAAAAUUUACUACCAGAGGUUAAUGCACAGCAGCCAAUUGUCUCAGCAAGGAAAGUCAGAUCGAAAGUUGUUCUGAUUACUUCUUUGAACUCUGGAUACUACGAAAGAAUCAGGACCAUGUAUUGGGAACAUCCAACAUCGAAUGGUGAGAUUAUUAGCUUUCACCAGCCAAGUCACGAGGAGCAUCAGGAUUCGGAUAAGAAAAUGCAUAACAUGAAAGCAUGGGCAGAGAUUUAUCUGUUAAGCUUGUCUGAUGUUAUGGUAACAAGUGCAUGGUCAACUUUUGGGUAUGUUGCUCAGGGUCUGAGUGGUCUGAAGACGUGGCUUAUGUUCAAACCUGAAAACCACACUGCGCCUAAUCCACCUUGCCGCCAAGUUAUGUCCAUGGAACCGUGCUUUCAUGCUCCACCUUUCUAUGACUGCAAAGCUAGGAGGGGAACUGAUACAGGAAAGCUUGUUCCGCAUGUAAGACAUUGUGAAGAUAUGAGCUGGGGGCUCAAGCUAGUUGAUACGGAUGAAUGGUAGAUAACUAGAUGUGAUUUUUUUUUUCUUCAUUCAUAUAUGUACAGUACAAGCGAAUGCUUUCUAGUAUGCAAUUUUUUUCUCGAACGUCUGGUGUGUAAUUUUCACUUAUAGGUUCAACUUGUAUAUCUAUAUUGAAGGCGAGAUUUUCCUGGUUUAGUUUAGGUAGAAAUGACACAGCAUGCUGAUAGUUGUCGAGUACAAACAGUUUGUGAGCUAUUGAAGUUCCAUAUUUAGCGUUUGUCAUGAUUGAAAAUUUUGCAAAGAGAAGAGCUAAAAGAACGCGCUUCCUGUUGGGAAACAUUGUUAUCCUUUUGUGCCAUAGCACUGUACAGUGAAAACAAAAGUUUGCGUUGGGGACAGAAUUCUUAGGAAGAGGAGAUUGAAUGAAUGAUAUUUUUGUUGAAUGGGUCCGAAA